AUGUCGCGAGCUGACCGCUCCAGCUCGGCACCCAUGGAGGCACACCUUGCACGCUGCUCCUCUGAUCAGUCCAGAGGUCGGGCGGCUGAACAGUGCCGAGGAGGUGCUCAGCUACUUCCACAGCCUUCCCAAGGGACGUGCUGCCGACCAGGCGCUAGCCUGUCUGCUGCGCCUCGGCGGUCUUUCAAAGCGUCAAGCAGUGCAGGAUUCCAAGCUCGACGAGAUUCUCUCAGCUUUAACGAAGCACACGCCGAAGGCGCUGCGUGGCCCUCGCGCUCUCGGCGCGGCGCUUGUCGCCCUGGCGCGUCUCCGUGGUUCGAGAGCCCAGGAGCUGCGGCGACGCUGCCUUGCGCGCGCCGCCUCCGAGCACGGUGCCGGGCCCCGCGAUUUGGCCAACUUCGCCUGGGCAGCUGCCACCUUGAGCGAAAAAGGUGCUGCUGUGCUACAGCAUGUGGCUUCCGAGGCGCUUGCUGGCAGGCUCAGCUCUGCUGGUCCAUGGGAAAACUGCAGGAGGCGCCCGCACCCCUCUGCGAAGCGCUUUUUGCAGCUGCAGCACAGCGUUACGGCGAGUUCGCGCCGCAGGGAUGGGCCAAUAUUGCCUGGGCCUGCGCGCGCCUCUGCCCUCGAGGGCCCAGAAGCGCACUGAACUGCACAGCAAAGAUGAUUGCUGCUGCAGCAGGGGCUCUGCGUUCACGCCCGACGGCUUUCGCUGUGCAGAACAUGUCGAACCUGGCCUGGGCAGCGGGGACGUUGGUCAUUCGCGACAGCCCGUUCUUCUCCUCGCUGGCCAGUGCAUGCCGCUUCGCAGAGCUGGGUGCGCAGCACGUCGCGAACAUUGCCUGGUCCUUCGGCACAGUGGCGCAUCGGAACGACCAGUUUAUACAGUUGCUGAGUCAGCGGGCUGUUGAUAUCGGCCUGGCAACGUUUCAACCUGAAGAAUUUGCAGGCUUCCUCUAUGCACUGGGCAUGCUGAGCUCAGCGCCGCCCAUGCUGGAUGCUGCUUUGCGAGAGGUGCAGCGCCGUGUCACGGGGCAGCCGGGGCAGCCGGGGCAGCUGGGAGCCACGGAGCUCAGCGGAGUGAUCUGGGCUCUUGCAGCUCUUGGACAGGACUCGGAAGCCUUCGCCGCUGCGGCUCGAGCGGCAGAAGAUCGCGCAGCAGAGCUGUCGCCACAAGGAGUGGCGAAUGUCUUCUGGGCAUUCGCAACGCUGGAGGUACCGGGGGAGCUUGGCACUUCUUUCCCACGCCUGUCUGGGGCAGCACGCGCCUGCAGCCCGGAGCUCAUGCCGCAGGGCUUGGUGAACCUGGCCUGGGCGUUGACGGUGCUCAUGGCCGCGGAGGCUGGCAGCGGGAGUCUAGAGGCAUCUACUCUGCAGUCAACACUCUCGCUCGCAUCGAAUCUUGUUGGCUCGCUGAAGACGCUGGAGCUUGCUGCCCUUUCCUGGGUGGUUGCGCACUGCCGGGCCGAUCAUGUCUCUGCACAGGCCCGGAACCUAGAGGCGCCCUUGGCCACGGAAGUCCUGCAGCGGCUGGCAGGGGCAGAGGCCUUUGAGGCGAGACAGCUGUCGAAUUUAGCCUGGGCCUUCGCGACAAUGGCUUCGCGUGCCACGGUGGUCGAAGCCCUGGGCCGCGCUGCCCUGCCCAGGUUGGAAGGCUUCUCCUCGCAAGGCCUCUCCAACAUGGCCUGGGCUUUGGGCUGCACCACGGUCUUUGCAGCAGGCAUUGGCGAGCGCCUCCUACGGGGCCUGGCCGCUGCCUCGGUGUCGCGCAGCUUCUCACCGCAGGGCGUGGCCUUGCUCGCUUGGGCCUUUGCGCCGGAGAGCCGCAUGCGGAUGGAUCCGAUCCCAUCGUCGCCUGCAGCCGCAAAGCUGCAUCUCCUUGAAACCAUUCAGCGAGAGGUCCAGGUUGGCUUGCGCCAGGGAUCACAUCCACGAACAGCGUCUGAUGGAUAG